AACAACGUGGUAAAUUCAAAUAAUUUGAAUUGUAAAGACUUCAAGGAAGUAAAAGUUUUUACGGAACAAUCUACCCGGGGCAGGAGCACGAGCACUCUUCCAGCGCCAGUGGAAACAGACUCGACAGUUCCAUCGAUUGAGAGUGAGGAUACUGUAGGCCAACAUACAGACCUUCUCCAUCAGAUAGAGUCAGAGUUAGGGUUAGUGUUGGACCAGAGUGUCUCGGGAGCUCCGGCCCCAGGCGUUUCUGCGACAGCAAUGAUGCUGCCCUUCGAGGACGACACCAGCCCCACUCCAGCCCCAGAGAUUAGCCAGCGCAUUCACGCGAGCUGCACGGGCGAUCCGCGCGAAUUCACCGCAGACAGUGGAGGUCGAGCGAUGGACGAGCCAGAAAGAGACACGUCGCCAAGCAUCGCCCCGGACCAUCAACCCUACGGAGACGUCUGCCAGGUGUGUGAGCCGGCAACACCGUGCGUCUCCGGGGGAGAGCUUGUGGUUGUUGAGGGUAUAAAGGGAACGUUUGAAGAGAUGGAUUUUUUGUGCACAUUUAAAAUGAGUUCUAAAAUAGAAUCUUUAAAAUGUAUUAUUAAUCUAGAAACAAAUGCUAAUUAUUUAAAAGAAAACAAUUAUCACAAAAAUGAUAUUAAUUCUAUUUUUAAUAAGUAUAUUAAUAGUAAUAAAAAUCAAAAAGGUCAGUUUGCUUUUAUGAUUUUAAUAAAUAAAGAUGGCUCAUAUGAUAAGGAUAAUUGGGACACCAUACCAAAUAGCACUGAAAAAUGUCCAAAAAUGUAUAAGCCAGAACAAAAAGGUGAAAUACACAGUGAAGAUAAAAUAUUUGAUCUACUAAAUGAUAUUUUAUGUAAAAGGGAUUGUCCUUUUAAGAUGGCACUGAUAUACUCUUUUUAUACCCUCUGUUUUAAACGGCACAACAAGGAGUCCUGCCACAAACAAGCCGUUGAUAUUGCAAAGAAACUAUAUGAAAAGCAUAAAAUGACAAUUUUUAUUGGCUGUAGUGAGCCGUGGGGAAUUAAUGGCCCAUAUGUAAAGAAUUUACCUUAUAAGCCUCUAAAAGAUUGCACUUACACUAUUGAGUCCCAAACAUUUAGAAGCAAUGAAAUUGUCUCCAAGCAAGAAAGAAAAGAAUUUGUUGAAAAGAAAUUAAUUGACCCGAUUUACAAAAAAGUUAUUCAUGAAAUUCAAAAUAAACCAUUUUCAAUGGUUAAGAUUACAGACAAACCAAAAUAUUUUCUUAAGCCAUUUUUAAAAAAUAUAAACAAUCCUAAAACCAUAGAAACAUGUCAUAAUAUUGUAUCAAAUUUAUUUAGUUGUCAAAUUAUAAGUAAAAAUGUUGAUGAUUUCAUAAAUCAUGGUUUGGAAAAGUUUGAGAAAUGUAAGGAAAAAAUAUAUAAACUUUUAUCUUAUGAUGCAAAUAAUUCGAUUGAUGAAUGUGAUCUUUAUAAUCGAAAUCAAGAAAUCUCUAAAUAUCUGAGUAAUGUUUUUUUCCCUUGGUGGGCUACAAAAGUGGAAAGUGCAUCCAGUACAUUUUUAAUUAAGGAAACCAGUUGCUUGCUACAAAGAAGUGCUGCUAAUCAUAUCCAUAGAUCAACCAAAGAUAUUGAACAUUAUUUUGUUAUUCGUUAUGUCAAACAGCAGAAUAAUUAAAACAAUUACAAUUAAACAAAUAAUUAAAACAAUUAAAACUCUGAUGUAAAAAUUUAAAUGUGACAUAUUAUACUCCUUUUCACAAGAUAUAAUAUAAAUCUAUGGUGUCCUCAGAAUGUGUGUUUGAAAUUUCAGCUCAAACCCCCCAUUUAUUAUAACUUGUCAAAUUUGCCACAUUUUGGGUGUGAGCAAAACGUCCCUACAGCUUUGCUGGUAAAUUUGCUUAUGAUUAUAAAAAGCCAAUACAAAACAUUUGAAUCUGGAAAGAGUGAAUUUAACUGAUUAUUUUUUUCUGCAUUUUUUUUAGUUCAGUUUGUUUCUGUCAUCUAAUUCUAAUUCAUUUGUAUUUGUGAAGAGAUUAUCUCUCUGAUAUAAGACGAGAUGUUUCCAUCUAAACUGCUGAUUCUCCGUCUCACUGCU